UCCCAUCCCUGCAUCAGAUCCAAAUCGAGGAGCGCCAGAUGACAAUAGGAGAGUGACGCAUCCGCAGGUAUCGGCCAUCUGAAAGGGCGGAGUCUUACCGGCAACAUGUUGCACUUUAUUAUUCUCCAGGAAGAUACCAUACCAAAGUCUCUGUCAAUUGUCACAACUUGUCGCAGUUCAAGUUCAAACGAGUUUCACCCUUGCCCUGCUCAACGGGCGGGUGUGCUCCCGCGCCUUGGUCCCGUCCAGGAUCCUCUCUUUAUGGGGGGAUAUUGUUGCAAAGCUUGCCGGUGUCGGAAUCUCUUGGGCGAAAAGAUUUUCGGGCACAAAAAUGUCGAUAGGGUGAAAGUAGAGCAGCCGCAAAGAGAUGCAGAAGUUCCGACCGGGGACACGAACAUAGAUGGGUCUUUGAUCUACAAGGCGCUUUUCCCUUACGAAUCCCGGCACGACGACGAAUUGUCCUUCCAAGAAGGAGAUAUUUUCCAUGUCAUCACUAGCAACGGCGACUGGUGGACCGUGCGGAAGAUAGACAAGGAUGGGUGCGAUUUGGGUUCUGGUUUCGUCCCGUUCAACUACCUGGAGAAGGAAGGGUCUAUGGUCGCACAACCCUGGUAUUUUGGGGAGAUGAGUCGGUUUGAGGCACAGAGCCACCUCACUGAUCCAAAGAACAUGAACGGUGCUUUCCUGAUCCGCAUGAGCCCGAAGGACGGCGUGGGAUACGUGCUCUGUGUGAGGCAGGGGAGCAAAGUGAAGCACUGUUUGAUCGGCCAGAGUGACGGGGGGUUCGCCCUGGAGACGACCCAGUCGUUCAGCUCCCUCGCGGACCUCGUGCUCCACUACCAAACACACCAGAUCCUCACCCGCGAACCACUGGGACAGCCCUGCAAGAGGAGAGAGCCCCAUACUGCAGACCUCUCCAAGGCCACGGUGGAUGAGUGGGAGCUCCCCAAGGACGAGUUCACCCUGGAGGAGCAGCUUGGCAGCGGCUUCUUUGCCGAAGUGUACCGCGGCCGCUGGAAGAACCGCAUAACCGUGGCCAUUAAGAUCAUCAAGAGCGACUCUGAGCUGAACCAUAAGGAGUUUCAGAGGGAGGUGCAGAUUCUCAAAGCCCUGCGUCACCCUCACCUCAUCUCCCUGAUGGCCGUGUGCUCCGCCUCCCCCCCCUAUUACAUCAUCACCGAGCUCAUGCAGAAGGGCAACCUGCUCAGCUUCCUCCGAGGUAGAGAGGGGGGGGCACUGGAGGCGGAGCCUCUGAUUGACAUGGCUGCCCAGGUGGCUGAUGGGAUGGCAUAUCUGGAGGAGAAGAACAGCAUCCACAGAGAUCUGGCGGCUCGCAACGUCCUGGUGGGGGAAAACUACAUCUGUAAGGUGGCAGACUUUGGACUGGCUCGGAUCAUCAAGGAGCCCUUCUACAUCACACUGGACCGGAAGAUUCCGUACAAAUGGACUGCCCCGGAGGCCAUCAGCCACGGGAAGUUCUCCAACAAGUCCGACGUGUGGUCCUUCGGCGUGCUGCUGUAUGAGAUCAUGAGCCGCGGAGGCACUCCCUAUCCAGCCCUCAGCAAUCAGGAAGUGUAUCAGCAGGUUACCACCGGUUACCGUAUGCCAGCUCCUCCCAGCUGCCCUAAAGCCAUAUACAGCAUCAUGACGGAGUGCUGGCAGGCAGACCCACGCUCCAGGCCCGACUUCAAGGAGCUCUGCGUGCGGCUGGGCUGCGGCACUUAUUUAUUUGAGUGAGGCUCUGCCUGCAGUUCUUGUGUGCUGCCCCAAGGAACAGUCGAGACCUGAAUAGAAAACAUGGUUGCUGUUCAUCUGAAUGAUUAUCUUGGUUUCAUGAAUAAUAUAAAAUAAAAAUGAAAUCAAUGCUUUAGGAUUGAUGAAGGGAAUGCAACAUGUACACGUUAUGUUUCAGCCUUUUCGAAGUUUGGCUGUGUAUGUGUAUAUUGUUCUUAGGGUGGAAAAAUGGCCACAUGAUAUCAUGAAUCAAAACGAGUUAUGCAACCUUAUUAGUGUACAUUAGUGUACAUACAGUGUAUCAAAUUACUUAUGUUUAUUAAAUCUGUUUUUUAAAUAUGAUAUCCAUAAUGGGCAUCAAGGAAUUGUUCAUGUUAAACGCCACAGUACAGCCACUCUCACUCCGUGAGGUAUUCAGUGUUGCUUCAAAAGCCAGACUCGUAUACAUGCAAGCUGCCUCAAGGGUUCCAUGAAGAGAAACCAUGCGUGGCCAGGAUCUUAUAUUCACACUUAGUCCUCUUGAGAACCUCUCGUUGAAUCUGAAGUUGCUGAAGAAAAAACUUUGCUGGAUAGGCCUUUGAUUGGGCUAGUGAAAUUAGCAGGCUAAAGUAAGGUUCUUGAUUUUGACAUAAAAGGAGAAUCGUAUUAUUUGUGUUACUCAACAUAUGGUACAUUAUGUAUUAGGCCUAUAUUCAAUGACAGGCCACACAAUGAAUGACCAUUUGUGAUUAUGAUACGUUUUUUUAUUAAAAAAAAAUAUUUAUAUUUAAAAAAAAAUACUCGAAAUAUUGUAGCCCAUAUUGAAUAGAUUUUAUGUUUUGCGUCCGUCAGUGAGAUGUCAUGUCUUCUGUAUGAACACAAGGGCGCAGCAGAGAGCACGUUCUCUAAUAAUUUGCAGCACUGCCGAUUAAGGCGCUGGCAUGCAACCUUGUUUCGUUUAGUUACACACCAAGUUCUUGGUAUACUUAUAAUUGUAUUAAAAAAUAUUGCCCAAGCAUACGUUUUAAGUAGGUGUGUAAGUAUAGGCUUACAUAAUAUUGAUAAUCACGAUACGUUAUAUUUAUAUAGCACUUUUUUAAAUACUCAAAGACAGAUAGACAACGAACAGGGUUGGA